CAAUUUUUGUAUUAUUCUUCUCAAUAAAAACUACACGAAAUUUUCACAGACUUGUCUUUUGUCUUUUUCUCUUUCUUUAACUUUUUGCUUAUCAAAACAUGCGUCAAUCCAUAGCAGCUCAACUCAUCAAUUUCAUGAAUUACUUAGGCCCACAACUUGGAUACAGUUCCUAAUGAGACAGCCGGAAAGUCAGGAGAAGUCAACGAAGCAGAAGAAGGAGAAGAAAAUUGGACAGAAAGCGGUGCUGAAAGCGGUGCUGAAAGUGAUACUGAAAGUGGUACUGAGGUUGCGUAACGGUAAACGGCAAAUCUCGCAUCUGACAAGUAAGUAUUUGUUGCUGUUAUUAUAUUCGUUCAUUUGCAGAACUAAGAUUGUCAAUCGAGUAGAGUUGUCAGAUUACAAAUUAUUGAUUUAUCAUCAACAACGGCUCUGGAUAUAUUGAAAUUAGAGAUCCCAAUUGAUCAAUUUAACGCAAUAAUUGAGGCAGCCAAUAUGGAUCCGGUUCCAAUGUCCGCUUAUGUCAGUGAGUUUAGCAAUGCCCUCGAUAAAGCGCCAUUAUCAACUCGUGCAUUACGUGAAACACUCUAUGAUGUUGGAUAUUGUAAAGACUUUGACCUCGUCGCCCACGAUGACGCUAAUUUUAUGGAAAUAACGAUACGGUACUUCUUGGAUCUAAUGAGCUCUCCAAAUAGCCCCUUGAAUAAGAUUAUGCUCGAGAGAACAGCAGCUAGUUAUCUGAUAAUCUACCUUGUAAACCAGUUGUUCAUUGCCAAUAAUGAUGUGAUUGAACUAGGAUGGCUGGGAAGAAAAUUUUAUUCUACUGACCGAAGCAAAUUUGAUGGAAUUCUUUUUAAAGUUGGGAAGAAAUCGAUUAGCCCAGGUCUAAUCGAAUUUUCAGGAGGGAUUAAUGAUAAAACCUUAUCUCGAAAAAAUUCAAAAGACAUUGAAAAGCUGUAUAGUAGUAUGAUCAAAGUUAUGAAGGAUGCUAAAACUAACCGAAUGUUUAGCAUGAGAUGUUAUGGUCACUACAUAUACUUUGAAAAGCUCCUUAUAUUUAAUGAUACGAUGUAUAGAAAAAUCGACGCAACCAUGGAGAUCCCCAAUACGCCAAGAAAACUAAAAGCGUUCAUCAAAAAAAUCCCAUCAAUCCUUGCGUGGAAAGAAGCUGUAACAAGCCAUGCUCUUAAUUUGAAUUAGUUGAUUUGUAUAUCCAUCACUUAUGAAGCUUUAAAAAUAUAAAGAAAUAAAGUCAUUCAAUACCAUUAUUUAUACUUGUAAUUAUUUUGACGAGAAGUUAGUCGAAUUAUUUGCAAAACAG